AUGCGUCAAAUUACGUUUAUUGGCACGGCGCUCAGUUUAUUACAGUUAUGCAGUGCUAUAACAAUUCAAAAACCUUCAAGAGAAUCAUUGUGGUUUUCUCAAAGUCCAGAGGUUUUGGAUUGGUCUGUUGAAAGCACAGAUCCAUCGGAAGCACAUGUUUACGUUGUCAAUGAAAAAGUAAAUCCUGCAGUUAAUCAGUAUGCAAUGACUAUUGACACAUCUAAAAAGGAUGCAACUCUUCCACCUCUUGAGCUUACGCCUGGUUCAGGUUAUCGAGUCAACCUCGUUUCUCCUGUCGAUAGUUCCUUUGUUUAUGCCCAAUCGGAAACUUUUACCGUAAUGGAUAAGAAAGGAAUAAAGAGUCCCCUUGAUGAUGAUGCCUUGCGUGCUAAUGCAGUUCCACAAUUAAAGACGAAUACAUCGAAUACGGGCAAUUGGACUAUGGCACCUGCCUUCCAACCAUCAUCGACUCCUUCUAGCUCCACUGUUGAAACUACUAGUCCUAAUUUCAAUACCACUUCUGUGGUCGUUUAUACUACUAGUCCCUCCGUUGCAGUUACCACUUCUCCUAAGAGCACUGUUACAUCUGGUCCUUAUUACGCUAAUUCAUCUUCGCCCUUGUCAACGACAUCUACUCCUAUUUUUACCAACUCUACUUCUACUACUGUGGUGUCUUCACCUACAAAUAACGCAGCAACUCCCAAUACUUCCACAACUACAAGCUCCCCGUUGGUCACUUCUAACUUGAAUGUUACUUCUAUACAUCGCUCUACUACUUUUGUGCCUUCUGUCACUAAUAGCCCUGCUGCUUUAAAUUCUUCUGCAAACCCUUCCUCGCCCGCGAUUACUUCUUCCAAUGUUCCAUCUACUCCUAUUAGUAGCAACUCUUCGGUCUUGACUGUGCCUGCGUCUUCUACAUACCAGAGUUCUGUUCCUCCCUAUACAAAUACUUCUGUCACUACGACACCUUCUUCCAUUAGACCCAAUACUGUUCCUCCCUAUACAAAUACUUCUGUCACUACGACACCUUCUUCCGUUAGACCCAAUACUGUUCCUCCCUAUACAAAUACUUCUGUCACUACGACACCUUCUUCCGUUAGACCCAAUACUGCUCUUCCCUAUACAAAUACUUCUGUCAUCAAUGCACCUUCUUCUGUGAGAACAGGUACUGUUCCUCCCUUUACAAACUCUUCCGUUACCGCUACACCUUCUCCUGUUAGACCAGGUACUGUUCCUCCUUACACGAAUUCUUCCACCAUCGCUACACCUUCUUCUGUUAGACCCAGUACUCUUUCUCCUACCACAAACUCCUCCGCAGUAGCCACUGCUUCUUUGGCUCCUAAUGGUACAAUUUCUGUUACAACUGAAACUGUUCAAAACACUGGUGCUACUUGCCCUGCCGCCGUUACUGUAACCGUAACUACUCCUAGUUACAUUCCCACCUCUUCCACUCCCUCCAUGACUUUACCACCUGCUGUUUCCAGACCCUCUGAUGCUUCUUAUUCCGAUCCCAGCGAGACUACAUCAUCUGCAGGUGAAAGUGCAGUAGCACCUUCCUCUACUCAAUCUUUGCAUACCUCAGUUGUAUCAUCUUCUAAGGCGGCACCUUCUUCAUCUGGUAGGAGUGCAUCAAAGAGUGUUCCUAGCUCUGCCUCCAGAACCUCCAGCGCUAGCUAUGUUUCUCUUCUUUUCGCCUUGACAUUGAUAGUCGUCCUUUUCUAA